AUGAGGUCGUCCGUGCUGGUCCUGUUCCUCUUCUUCAGUGCCCAGGCUGUGGCCACCAUCAGAGGGGACUCGUGUACCGCCACGACGGCACAGCAGCAGGAUCCAGGCGACAGCCCCGACUCCAUCCCCACAGUGGACCCCAAACUCUUCACCAAGCGCCACUACCUCUCACCCAGGGUGCUCUUCAGCUCUCUGCCCCCUGACGCGGAGCCGGCGGCAGGGUCGCAAGGUCCCGGGAGAAGGAGCCGCAGGCGAACAGGGCAGCCUCAGCACCGAGGCGUGUACUCGGUGUGUGAGAGCAUCAGCGUCUGGGUCGGCAACAAGACCAAGGCCACGGACAUCUCAGGCAACGAGGUGACAGUGCUCCCAGAUGUGAAUAUCAACAAUGUCAACAAGAAGCAGUACUUCUUUGAGACGACGUGUCACAGCGCUCGCUCAGGCGGCUCGGGCUGUUUGGGGAUCGACGCGAGACACUGGAACUCCUACUGCACCAACUCACACACUUUUGUACGAGCGCUGACUUCCUUUAAAAACCUGGUGGCCUGGAGGCUCAUACGCAUCAACGUGGCCUGUGUGUGUGUGCUCAGCCGGAAGUCGUGGCGGCAGUGA